GUUCCAAUUCUGCUUACCCAAAACGUAUUGGCUCGGUAGCUGACAUUGAUCCUGCUAAUGGCAUUUAUGGGUCUCUAACUGCUGAUAACAAUAUUACAGCAAAUCAUCACCAGCAAAUGCAUCAUCAAAACCAACAACAAAAUCAUCAGCAGAAGCAACAGCAAUACUAUCAGCAGAUAAAUAAGAUGACCCAACAACCAACACCAAUGCCGCCACAGCAACAACAAAUGCAACAGGCUCCUCCACAACAACAAAAGUCAUUAAAAACCAGUUUGCGUGUCUAUCGGGCUCUGUAUGACUAUGAGGCACAAGAUACUGAUGAAGUCAGUUUUCGUGAAGGAGACGUUAUUUUCGAAGUUGAUUCCAUUGAUUCCGGCUGGAUGACCGGCAGAGUGGAACGUACUGGCAAAAUUGGGAUGUUGCCUGCUAAUUAUGUGGAGCAGGCGGUUAUUUAAUAGGGAUUCUUUUAUUACUGUUGUUGUCACCAUGUUGUUUCGAUAACAAUAAUGCUGGUACAAUGAAUAAUUAUAAUACUUACCGAAAUCCCCCAAAUUCUCCACCCCCAUCCUAUC